AUGUCCAGAGUAGAGGCUUUCAGGGACAAAAACCUUCGCUCCCUACUGAGGGAGUUGCGAACUGACAUUGCGAUGGCUGUGGACGACCCCUUCCCUCUUGUCUAUGGUCUGGCAGACAAAAACAUCAUCACUGACCAAAUGCUUAAGGUGAGCAAAAAUGCACAAAGUUUUAAACCGAUGCUACUUGUGUAACUUACUUCUGCUGUCUGUGUGGUUCUGCAGGACACUUUAGAGAAGCAGAGCAGUGAGGGGAUCCACAAGGCCAUGUACUCACUCCUGUCCUGUGUCCUCGAGCAGAGCAGGUCCACCGUCCAGGCUUUCUGGCGCAACAUGACCAAAGAUUAUAACCUGGACAGCUACCCCAAGCUGCAUACACUGGUCACUCACCUACACUCGAAACGAGACACUACAGGUUCCAAGAGUGAGAAGAAAUCUUCUGGAUGUGACAAAACUCCUCACGUGAAGAAGAGGAGCCAUGAGGAGAGAAAGAACAGUUCCAAUAAGUUCUCGCAGUAUCAUGCAAAGACAAGUGAUGGUCCAGGUGGUAAAGUGAAAUUGUACAGAGUGAAGAGCGAAGCUCCAGCAUCUCAGCUACAAUCUGGAAAUAGUGUGCAGCCAGUGUCCUCCUCAGUCCAGAGGGGAGUCGUCCUGUCCUCCUCCUCCUCCUCCACUGAGCUGUCAAUCAGCCACAAACCCAGUGAGACGAUCCACAUCAAGCAGGUGUUUGGCUCAGAUGUACUGAAGACAUCAGCAGGGAGUGCCAGGAAGUGCAUCAACAUCGGUGGAGAUUUUUACUCCCAGGGUCCAUUAGAGGAGACGAGCUCAGCGUCCGUGUCCACUUUUUACCACAAGGUGGAGACAACCACAGGCACAGGCCAUUAUAAUGAUGACGAGUGUACUGUAUGUAAGGAUGGAGGAGAGCUGAUCUGUUGUGAUGGUUGCCCUCGAGCUUUUCAUCUGACCUGCCUUGACCCUCCACUCACGUCCAUACCAUGUGGCACGUGGCAGUGUGAGGUAUGCUGUGAGAACAGAGUGAAAAGAGAGGAACCGCUGCUACCUUUACAAUCACUCGUGGCCCAGCCUCAGCAAACCAACUCCAUCAUAGACACCGCCUUCUACUCCUCGCUGUCGUCCUCUCCGCUCACAAGUAUCUGUGCAGAUUCUACGAAUCGUCUCACUGCCAGAAACCAUAGCUCAGGUGUGAAUCAACUCAGUGUGAGAGAAGUGUGUGGCGUCUGUCGCCUCGGUGGAGGAGACUUGACCCGAUGCCUCCAGUGUUUUGAGCGUUUCCAUGUGCACUGCCUCUUCUCCAAAGGGAGAUCCAUCUGCUUGUCCUGCUCCAGACCCUGGGCCAGCUCUGCAGAAAAAGAGGCUGAAUCCAGAGGCACACAGGUCGCCCCAGUGGGUCAGAACACACUCAGUCAUGAUCACGGCUCUUCAGUCCCUGAACCCAUCCUGCAUAAGGACGAUCUGGACUCCAUCCUGGCAGAUCAGAGCUCCAUUGACGGCAUCUUACAAUGGGCUUUCAACAACAUAUCCCGAACUCUUCCAGACUCACAAGGAUGUUACCAGUGACAGUAGGACAUAGUGCACACAUGCAUGGGCUCUCAACGUCUACAGUAAACCCUUUUUUAAUAUGAGCCUGCACAAGAGCCAACAAAAAUGUUCUAGCAUCUUUCUUACUGUGUCUAGUAUACUUUUAAAUCAUAAGAUACCAAGGUAAAUGGGAGUUUCUGUACAAACUGCAGUAAAUACACUUUAAAUGUGCCAUUAUUCCACCACUGUAAGCCUGUUUUUUCACCUGCACGUGAUUCACAUGGUUUUAUACCACAGGGGAACAGCAGUGUUGUAGAGGAUAGAAGACAAUCUCAAAUUAAACCACAGACUGCACAGGAACAGUGUCUCAUCACAGCAAAUAAACA